CGCAGAACACUGCAAGAUCAAACGGAUCAAACACUCGGAGACGUGCAAGGUCAAUUGUCGCAGACAGAAUCGGAAUUGAACAAGGCUAUGGACCGCAAUAAAGGUAUGGAGCAACAACAGGCGCAAUUGAAUGAUCAAAUCAAGGAGCUGAAACAAGAAAUUAAUAAUCUGCGCGCAAACAUGACACUUUUGGAUCAAGAGAAGGAUCGACUAUUGAUGGCAUUGGACGAAAAAACAGAGAAGAUUGCUGCAUUAGAACGAGAAUUGGUAUAUAAGGACCAAGAAGCAGAUGGGAUACAACAACAAAUUCGCGAUUUACAGCAUAAAAAUGAAUAAUGAAGAUUAUAGCAU